UAUGCUAAAGUUGCCCAUCCUCCUGUUGAUCAAAGUGAUUCAUCAUCUGUUUUGGAACUAUCUCUAGACAUGGUGACACUCAUGACUUUAGAAUAUGUCUUGAGGCUGUGUUGUUCUUCAUACUCUCAAAAUCAGCUUAAGCGACUGCUAUUCCCACUUGGCUGCGUUAAGAAGGUACUGGAGGAAGAAGAAGUUCGCAAACUUGCCACACAAUUUGAUUUGCCAAAUAAAGAUACAAAGGAUUCACAAGGAAUAUGUCUUCUUGGGAAGGAGAGAUGGAAGAGGUUAUAUUGGAAGCUGAAACUGGCGAUUUCCUCGGUAACCAUCGGGGGUUUUGGUUUUACACUAUUGGACAACGCCGAGGCUUGCGUUUACCCAGUGGACCCUGACAUGGCUAUACCUGCAGCUCUUGUAUUCAUCCCUGUUGGUGUCCUCUUCUUGCUCUCAGGCCUCAUCGUCAAUCUCAUUCAGCUUGUAUUCUUCAUACUUGUUCGUCCAUUCUCGAGAAACUUAUAUAGAAAAAUCAACAAAAACGUUGUGGAAUUGCUCUGGUUGCAGCUUAUAUGGCUGAUUGAUUGGUGGGCUUGUAUAAAGGUUAAUUUAUACGCUGAUGCAGAGACUCUAGAGUUACUUGGGAAAGAACAUGCACUUGUUUUAUCAAAUCAUAGAAGUGACAUUGAUUGGCUCAUUGGAUGGGUCAUGGCUCAGCGUGCAGGUUGUCUUGGAAGCUCUCUAGCUAUCAUGAAAAAAGAAGCCAAGUACCUUCCAAUCAUAGGUUGGUCGAUGUGGUUUUCGGAUUACAUUUUCUUGGAAAGAAGCUGGGAUAAAGAUGAGAAGACCCUCAAGGCAGGUUUUAAACGGUUUGAGGACUUUCCUACAACAUUCUGGUUGGCUCUUUUCGUUGAAGGAACUCGUUUCACUCAUGAGAAGCUUGUAGCUGCUCAAGAAUACGCCUCUAUCAGAAGCUUACCAUCUCCUCGAAACGUCUUGAUUCCUCGUACAAAGGGAUUUGUUUCGGCGGUGUCGCACAUACGGUCAUUUGUCCCUGCGAUUUAUGAUUGUACCUUAACCGUUCGUAAUAAUCAGCCUACACCAACUCUGCUUAGGAUGUUCAGUGGACAAUCAUCUGAGUUGAAUUUGCAGCUGAGACGUCACAAAAUGAGUGACUUGCCAGAAACUGAUGAUGGUAUUGCACAAUGGUGCCAAGAUCUAUUUAUCACCAAGGAUGCUCAACUUGAGAAAUACUUCACAAAAGACGUGUUCAGCGACUUGGAUGUUCACCAAAUCAAUCGGCCAAUCAAACCAUUGAUCGUGGUCAUAGUGUGGGUAUGCCUUCUUAUGUACGGUGGAUUCAAGCUACUUCAAUGGCUCUCCAUGGUAGCCUCAUGGGAGAUCAUUUGCUUGUUUGUGAUCAUUUUGGUGAUUGCAACUAUAACAAUGCAAGUACUUAUUCAGUCUUCUGAGUCACACCGUUCAACUCCUGCUAAGAAACCUCUACAAGAACAGCUUAUUUCUGCCUAG